AUGUCUCAAAGAAUUCCCAUCGGAAAUGCAGAAGACAAAAUCUUAAAGCAAAAAAUGAUUGAAGAAUCAGAGGCAGCACAAAAAAAUGAAUCACAGAAUGUAAUAACAUCCUCUGAAGCUGAUUCCGAGAAGGGCAAAAUGGUAGCAGUCGCAGAGCCAAUACUGUAUAAUGAACCCAAGGAAGCAGCGAAAAUAUUUCCUUGUCUUUUUUGUGACAAGACAUUUUCGAGUUCACAAGCUCUUGGAGGGCAUCAAAAUGCUCAUAAGGAAGAACGUGCCUUAAAAAAAAUGGAGCAAAAAAGAAUAGAGGAAGAAAUGGAGGCCGCCAUGAGGUAUAGACCUAUUUUUCCAUACUGUUAUCCUUAUUCAAACCCUAUUCACCAUCAAGCAUAUCCCAAUUUAUGCGGCAACUUGCAAGCCCUAGUUGGCCCUCAGAUGAACAAUGUAAUUUCUUCUAGGCUCCAUUCUCCAUCGGGUAGUUACGGAGGGAUGUAUCUGCCAAAUACACCCACUUCACCAUCUCCAUUUAUGAUGCAAGUUCCAAAGCCACCACCACAGUUUGGGAUGAUUAAUUUUUUAGGUGAAAAUCAAACUCUUGCAUUGCCAGUAACUCAAAGGGCAAACACUGCAGUUGAUGGUGCAGUGGAAUCGAGACUGUCUAGUCUAGCUAAUCAAACCCCUCUAUCUGGUGAGGAUGCAGUGGAAUUGAGACUUUUUACAUCAGGUGAGGGUGUCGAAAGAAAUUCAAAUGCUGAGUUUCCUUCUAAUGAUCUUACAACUGAAACUCGUGAUUUAUUUGGAGGAAGCCAAGUUCUAGCAGAGACUAAUGCGUCUUCAUCAUCAACAACUGAAUCAACAUCUGAGGAAUUUGAUUUGAAUCUCGAACUUUAA